AUGCACGCUCCGCAAGCGUCUCAGCGGUCAAUGCAACGGCCAUCUCCCGUCCCAGAGGAUGGCGCUUCAGCAAAUGCGCUACUAGCGAGUGCUAUUGAUCAGAGAAAUUCUUCAGCAUCAACUCGAUCUUCUACAAACCGUCGACCCAAUCCGUCACCACAACUCUCGCAGAUAGAAAAGAGUGUGACGCAUUUAUUGGUGGCAACAAAGCAGCUAUUGGAGACCCUAACCCAAUGGUCUCGCAAGACUGCGUCAGAAUCAGAGGUGUCAGAUGUUUACGUCCGCCUUGGAUAUGAGUUCAAUAUUGCUUGUCGCACCUUUACUACUAUUGGGGUUGAGACAUCGGAUCUUGGCCCCGUCCCAGAUUUGCUCCGAAGCAUCUUAGAGGAAACCUUGAGCCAAGAAGCGAGUCCGGAGAGCCUCGAUCGCUAUCUGCCGCGAAUUCGCGAUAUCAUCAUCAACCUUUUACACGGUCUAAAGCGGAAGCAGCAGAGAUUACGCCAGCGUAGUGCCCGGGAGCAGGGGACGCUGAAUCAUAGUGCCAGUUCGCGGCAGGGUAGUGUGGGGAGCACAGGAAGUGGAGAAUUAGCACAUGGAGCCGAUGAUGGCACAUCGCAAGGAAGGACAUCCUCCCGUCGUUAUGGCAGUGGUGGCGUUCCCGAUGAACACGCUUUUCCACCUCGCACGUCGUCUACAACAGCGGGGGGAAGGGCGUCCCCGGUCCGGUCGGAAAGCUUCAAUACGCUCAACGGCGAGGCAAGACCUUCUUCGUCAAGUCGCCCGCAUCCUCCAACCCAUCAAUCGAGACCAUCAAAUGUGAUGCAAAAUGUGCCCGCGCUACCUCCAAAUAUGUCGUCUUCUGAGCAAACCGCAAGAGCCAUGCGCGAAUCGGUCGACAUUUCAUCGUUUACUCCCCCGCCGCCACCACCCAAGCAGCAGGAUGCGUUUGCCACUCUUCAACGGAGCGGAGAAUUGGAGAGAAGGGCGUCACGAAGAUAUUCUCAAUAUCAAAUCUCGAAGCAUCUCGGAGCAUCUCCUGGUGGGGUUCCCAUGCUUCCUCCGACGCAGCAUUCUCCGGUGCCGAAUCGAGGUCGCGACGUGCGAGAGUCAAUCAAUGCUGUCCGCACCAGAGCUUCAUUUCGCCAGCGGUCUGCCAAUCGCCUGCAGGGUGACGUUUCGCCCAGUCGUUUGUCCGGAGUGCCGCGCAAAAUCUCAGAGGAAGCAUCGCAUGCUAGCCAGCCAGUGUCCCAUUCUCCAGAACGGAGUGAUGCCUCCCCCUCACCAGAGCGAAAACUGCUUCGCGAUGCCCCUUCCGAAGACGACGAUGUGCCAGUAAUGCGGGCAACCCUGCAACGACCGCCGACGGAUUUGGGUGCUAUUCAAGCUAUUGCCCAAGCCGAAGCCAAUUUGACUGCGGGUUCUCAGGCACUGUCAUCUGAGGAAUCUUCCGAGCAGCUCUCUCCACCACAAGGAGAACCUAACGCUCCGUCGACCCCAGUACAGUCCCAGCAGUUUGUGCCGGAUCAAUCUCCUCAACCUGGAAAAGAAUUGACAUUGUUUUUACAAUAUAAGAGCAAUGUGAAGAAGUUUGUUUUGCCAGGUGGCUCAAGCGAUCUCUCCAUUGCGCGACUACAGUUGGCCUUUAUUGAAAAGUUUGCGUGGAAUACGCAUAGUAACGGCAUUGAUCUACCGGAGAUAUACAUUCAGGACCCAGUCUCUGGUGUCCGUCAUGAGCUUGAGGAUUUGGCCGAUGUCAAGGACCGCUCGGUGCUGGUGCUGAAUGUGGAGGCUCUCGACGAGGUCAAGCGCCAUAUUGACGACGGGCUUGGGGGGCUGCGACGAAUGAUGGAAGGGAUGCGAUCAGUUGUAGACGAGCAGGCCAUAGCGCUGCAACGAGUGUCGGAUCGACAGCAGGCCGCCGCCAAGGAUAUGGCAAGCCUCGCAGCCGCACCGCCAGCUCCAUCGAAUAGAGCAUCAAAGGUUUCGAUCGCUCCCGUCAAUGGAGUGCAAGGCAAACCUUCGGUUGAUCGCACUGCUCAAGUCGACGAAAUCCAGAGUCUCCGUCGUGAUCUUGCCGUGGUUCGCCAAACUUUUUCGGGCUUCGUGUCUGACAUCGAAGGCUCCAUGACUGCAGUUAGGACAAAAGCCAAUAAUAUCAAGACGAAUGCGUCUGCAGCUGCUAUACCACCAAUGUCUGCAGAGAGCGGCCGGUCGUAUGUCAAUGCUGGGAAGAAGUCACUCGGCGAUGACUCUGAGAGGAUCGUCAAUCGCGUUGACGACCUUCAGGACAUGGUCGAAGAUCUCCGAAAAGACGUUGUUUCGCGAGGUGUUCGACCUCUGCCUCGACAAUUGGAUGCGGCGGGUAAAGAGAUAUCAGUCGCGACCAAGGAACUGCGGAAGAUGCAAGAAUUUCUCAAGCGUGAGAAGCCUAUCUGGACCAAGAUCUGGGAGAAAGAGUUGGAGCUGGUUUGCAACGACCGAGACCUUCUCACCAUGCAAGAGGAACUUGUCGCCGACUUGGAGGAUGACCUGGAGAAGCUUACAGAAACAUUUGGCCUUGUCGAGGAAGCGACGAAGCAACAAAAUGUGCAACAGGGCGGACGCCUGACGCCACGAAGCCUUAGCAAUGUCGCUCUCGAUCAAGAUGUUGAUCCUGUCAAGGCCAAGGAUGGCGUGCUCGACGAAGUACGUGCGCUGCAGCCUAACCACGAGACUCGACUUGAAGCCAUUGAGCGGGCAGAAAAGGCACGGCAAAAGGAGCUCGAGUCUCGGCGUGGCGGAGAAUUUCAGAGAGAACUUGGAAGUUUCGUCGAAGAAGGCCGGCUGAAGAAGAGUGGCGGCGUCGAGGAAGCUGAGCGUUUGCGCAAGGCCAAGGACGAGCGAAUCCGACGAGAGGUCUGGGAGAAGCAAAAUAAGCGCGCGAUGGCAGAAGAUGCGCCCGGCGAGCAAUCCAUGGCCACCCAUCAAGAUGCUGCUGCUGCAAUAGAACCCGAGGGUGCAACGGAACUGCCACCGCCUUAUGAUGAGAAUGGCGGCGUUACCAGCCCUGAACCUGAGUUUGCCGAUGCCAAAGAAGAGCCUGUCAUUACUGACUCGGACGAGAAUGGAGAAGCAGGAGCGGGCUCCGGAAAAAAUGUUGAGGCUACUUUUAACGAACGUGAUGCGAGUGCCCAGUCGGAGCAACCAAAGGGGGACGACAGCUCUGUUGCAGAUGACGAGUCGGUGCCUGAGCAUGAGCGAGCGCUCAUUUGA